AGAUUCGUGAUAACGUUUUCAUUUCUAUUGCAGGCACAACUCACGCCGGAAGAAUUUCGCAAGCGUAGACCGAACUGGUCACUUGAAACGGACGGCCAACUGUUGCAGUACAUGGUUUCGAUCGCGAAGAAUGUCGAAAGUUUAGCUGCCCAAACGAGAGACAACUUGAACGAUUUGAUGCUGACAGUGAAACAGUCGGAAUUGAAACUAGCAAACGCAACGAAUCAGUUCUCGGCCGUCGAGCAAGUGAAGUUUGUCGAAAACCGAGUCGAGGAAGACGAUGAAAGUUUCUACGGUUUGCGACGACGCCGUCAGCAGAUAGAUGAACCGCGGCCGGACACGACACCGGAUCCGGGUGACGAACGCACACUAGACGAUUUGAUCCAGCUAGCGGUAGAACGAUCGGCCGAAGGGAUGUAUCGGACGUACGAAAAAUAUCCUUUACCAUAUUCGGACUCGAGUGAUGACGAAUAUGCAUCGUCUGUUAAGGGAACGGUAAUGCAUCUUCCUCCGUCCUUUGAUCGACCGUUGCCGCACGUUAUUGGAUCGCACGAGUGGCAAACCAGUUGGCACGUGGGACUGGACCAGUGCGAAAACGAGUACGAUUCCGAGCAAAAGGAAGAAUACUCCGAAUCGCCGAGUGAAACGGACGAUGGUGGAAUGUUUCCAUCGCAGCCGAACAGCAAACAGCACACACCAUCGGAAUCGGAAAGCUCCAUCUGGGGUGUGGAAGGUCGAAAACGGGCCCCAUCACUCGAUCCCAGCAUUACGGGAGACGAUGGAUCGUCCAUCUAUUCGUUCGCUAGUUCGUCUAAGGUAUUACCUGUGCGUGGGUUACCGGUGGACAUUAGUGCACGGUUAAAACCACCGAGUCUGUUCCCGGAAGAGCCGCCCGAAGAGGAAGCUGGACGGCGAAAGGGUGGUGACUUUGGGUUGUUUGAUAAUUCACCGGACGAGGAUGAACCAGCGAUGCCGACGCCAACGCCACAACCACGUCAAACAGUGCCAGCAAAUGACACAAAGCAGUCAUUCUUUAAAGGGAACGCUCAACAGCCGGCCCGAAAGAUAGUUAAUCUGUUCGACGAUGAACCACCUGAACCGGUGUCAGACGCGUCAGUGGUACCGGAGCAGAGAAAAACGAUCAAUCUGUUCAUCGAAAGUGAGGAAGACGAGGACGUAGUACGGGAAAACAAUGUGCGCAACAAUAAUCCUGCUUCGAUGGCGGUAAAAAAUCGUACCGGAUCUGCCGGUGUAACGAAUCCCAAGCAAAUGACAAAGCUGGUCGAUGAACUGAAUAACAAUUUUCGGAAGCAACAGCAAGAACAGAUCGUGCCAGCAGCUCGUCCCCCGUUGGUGGUUAAUAAUAACAAUAAGCAACGUCCAGCAACGGUGACGAAUCUGUUCGACGACGAACCACCAGUAGAUGAGUUUGAUCAGCUGUUUCAGGCGGCAAAUCCUUCCGCUAAGUCAACGACCGUUCACUCAUCCCUGCCACCUAGCAAGGAGAAAAUGGUCAUCAAUCUAUUCGCCGAAGACGACGAGGACGAUUACGGUGGGAUUGUUGUGGGAAGCAAUGAAACAAAAUCACACAAAUCUCCACUACAAGGAACUGCACAGAACAGUCCCGCCCAUGGGCUGCCACUCCCAAAACCCGCCGAACGGCCAAAACCCUCGUUUAAGAAGAAAUCCAUCUUUGAUGAUUCAGAGUCCGAGGAGGAUAAUGCGAAUGAGGCUGCGUUGUUUGGAAGUUCCGCUAAACUGACGGUCCCAAUCGUACCAACAAUACCAAAAGCUGUACCAAAAGUGAAAAAGUCAAUUUUCAGCGAUAGUUCCGAGGCGGAGGAUGAUGAUGAUGAUGAGGCACUGUUUGGUAAAUCGUCCAGUAUUUUGAAGAGUAAGCUAGAUGCAUUGAAAAGGAACGGUCCGGCGGGUGGGAAGAAUGGCAAUGUGACGCCUGGUAAAAGUACGGACGAUGAUGUGUUAAAACCGCCGGUGGCAUCGGCGUUGGCGUUGGAUAAGGAUAAGAAAACGGUUCCGAAGGUGUCUUUGUUUGACGAUGAACCACCGUCGGACGAUGAAGAUGCACUGUUUGGGCAAAAUGCAACUGCAAACCGCGUACAGGACACACAGAAGGGAAAAGUUUCAUUGUUCGAACCGCAUUCAACGUUAAACGAUCAGCCUAGUGAUAGUGAUGCAAGAAAGCAAUCAUUGGAACCUGUAAAAUAUCAGACUGUCGUGAAAGAAGCUCCAAGCAGCAUCCGUAGUAUGAUAAUGAAAAAAUCCAUCUUCAAUUCGGAUUCGGAAAGCGACGAGGAGGAUUCGAUUUUUGAGACGGUACCUAAAGCUGCGGGAAAUGGACCUCUUUCAACGAAUAAACCUGAAACUAAUGUAGCAUUAGAAGGUGUAUGGAACGUUGAAGAGGACACUAAAACAACCGGCAAGCAACAAUCAGUGAUGACUGAUGCUAGUAGCAGUUAUGCUCAAAAUGCUUCACAAUCUAUUAUUUCAAUAGAAAAAGAAGGGGCCAGUCCAGUUCUAACCUCAUCUGAACCAACUGUUGAUAGUGCAAUUGCUUCUAAAAACUUCCUGUUGGAAGAAUCCAAGUCUGAGCACGAAGGUGACAAGGAACCUCAACGAUGUGAUGAAUUGGAAAACUCUGGACCAACUUUAGAAAGCGUAAAAAGAGUCAGUGAAGAAAAUGCAUCGAAUGAACUAAUUGUUGACAAACCCCCGCUAGACGUGGAGAAGCCUGAAGCUCCAGAAUCAGAUUUAGAAGAUAAACCACUCCCGGAUAAACCUGUCCCGGGAAUGAUGAUGAUAGCUAACGAUAUAGACUAUUAUCUUCACAUGAACGAGACAACUUCUCAAGCUGAAUUAACACCAACAACACCAUUGGUGGAACCGCCGGCAAUAACGCCUCCUGCAGUCUCCAAGUCUGAACCAAAAAGUGCCUUAAAUUUCAGUCCAAUCGGUCUCUUUGAUGACGUUCCACCGCCGGAUGAUGGUGACGAGACGGACGAUACAACGACACGCAAUGAUCUGCAACGUGACCUGCUGAAUGCGGUCGAAUCGGGUGAGCCGACGUUGCCACCGAUCGAGGACGAACCGUCUCCUUACUCGACCGAAACACAAUCCUUAAACUUCAUACCGACUGGGCAGGCGGGCAACAUUCGGUCACGGUAUCUUUUCGACGAUGAACCACCACCGGAUGAAGCGGAUAAUAGUAGAGCUGGCUCAAAGGGGUUGUUUGAUAAUCCAGCUCCUGUGUCGUUACCUCCGGUGGUUGAAGAUAUAAGACCGGAUUCUGUCAAACCCAAUCGCCCGAAGAUUAAUAAAUUGAAUACCAAAAUUGCCAUCAAUGUUGCAGCACUAUUGCCUGGUGCGAGAAGAACAACUGGAGUAACUAAUACUUCAUCACCGGAGAAGGUUCCUACUAGUGUCUUGAGCGUUGUGAAGUCAUCCCAAUCGGGGGAUGUUCCAAGUAGUGAAAAAUUGACUGGCCUAAACAAGGGUAGAGCAAGAAUUCCUACCAAACGGAAACCUCCUUCUAGACAAAAUCUUCGCGCUGGCACGGUGAGUUCUUCGUUGCAAAGCUCCACUAGCUCCAAAUCGAUAGAAGACGAUGAUCGUAUUGUGGUUGGAUCGGAAGGAAAGAUCGAACACGUUGAAGCUAGCCUAUCACCUGUGGGCUUUGAUCCUCCCCAGAAUCGUCCCGAGGAUCUGCCCUUCGAUCGACUGAGCGCGAGUGUUCGAAAUCCAACGAAGCGAUUAGCUACGCUACCGGAUGGUAAUGAAGGUGCUAACAAACCGUUGCCAAUUGUUCCGGAACGCAAGACGGCGGUGAAAUCCUUGACCAAAUCGAUUUUUGACGAUAGCGAUAGUAAUGAUGAGGAUGAUGAUGAUCUUUUCAAACAACUCCCAACGGCGAAAGGUGUUGUUGCCGUGAAGAAACCAGCUGCUCCAGUGCAGGAUACUUCAACGAAGCAGCAUCAGCAGUCACAGAAAAGCGUGAUAACUAGAAGUAUUUUCGGUUCGAACGAUGAGGACGAUGAUGAUGCUGAUGAUGAUGAUGGUGGAGAAAAUGAUCUUUUCGGAGCAGUGAAGAAAUCGUCCAUUGUUGGUAAACUAACCGGUGCAAAGACGGAGAAGAAAGGCCUAUUUGACGAUGACGAUGGUGACAGUGAUGAUGAUCUGUUUGGAAGUAAAAGCAAAACUGUCGCAAAAGCUCAAAGCCAUCUCCAGCAGCAGCAGCAGCAGCAGCAGCAGCAGGAGGAUAAAAAGAAACAGGCCAACAGAUCACUUCCCCCUACAAUAACCAAACCGGUAACGACCACCAUUCGAACCGGCGGUGAUGAUCCUUUGGCCGAUUUGUUAGCCGAUUCGUAA